AUGUGUGCCAAGUGGACUGAGUCUUGGCGCGCCCCGAUCCAGCAGAUGCAGUUUGGCGAGGAUGGUCUAGUCGUUUUUCCAGAGUUGCAGAAGACGGUCAGAAUACCAGAAAAGGAUGCUGAAGCUCUCAGGAUCAUGCUGCAAGAGCUGGGCAACCUCGCUGGUCUUGCUGCCUACUUCGUGGAGCCUCGGCACAAGAGCUCAAUCCGGGUGUCGAUUGCUGGAGACGGUCUUCUCCAAUACACGGUGAAUGGAAGAUGGAGACCUUGCUUUCGAGAGAUCCACUGUGAGGACAACUGGCUGGAGUUUCCAGAAUUGGGCAAACGAGCUCAGUUGCCUGACAACGAGGUCAUGACUUUGAGGUCUCGCCUGCAAGAGCUUCAGCGGCUCGCACGCAAGGGGGCAGAAGAAGGGCAAGAAGGAGGCCAAGCGACAGGUGGACAGGCUUUGUGGCUUGUGGUGGAUCCUGGCUGUGUUCAGCUCUCAUCUCGAGACCAAUCGGGCUAG